CAGCAGGUGCGGGUUGCAGAUCUUGCCUUUUUCAGUAAAUGAACCGCAAAAAUGCUCGUGACCGAUAUAAAUAAUGUGAAAAUCUACAACCUAAGCGGUGGAAAGUCCGUACCAGAAUGGCUGGUGGAUAGGAAAAAGAAGGAGGCCUCGAAGAAGCAACCGGCGGACGCAAACCGGCGCAUCGAGCUGAUCCAGGACUUUGAUAUGCCCGGUGUGGCAACCGGCAUCGCAAUUUCCCCCGACGGACAGUACAUACUGGCCACGGGCACGUACAAACCACGCGUCAAAUGCUUCGAGGUGAGCAAUCUUUCGCUCAAGUUCGAGCGAUGCUUCGACUCGGAGGUGGAAAAGUUUGCAAUUCUCGGUGAGGACUACGGGAAGGUGGCGUUUCUGCACGCGGAUCGAUACGUCGAGAUACAUGCGGCACCCGGCCGUCAUUAUCGGCUGCGCAUACCACGCUUCGGUCGGGAUUUGGUGUACCACACGCCAACCUGCGAUCUGCUGAUGGUCGGUACGUCGUCCGAUAUCUAUCGGUUGAAUCUCGAGCGUGGCCAAUUCCUCCUUCCCUACACAACGUCCGCCACUGCCAUCGAGAGCGUCACGGUGAACCGGGAACAUCAGCUAAUCUGCGUCGGUACGCAAGAUGGUACGAUCGAGGCAUGGGAUUACCGCGAUAAGGCCAGCUGUGGGACGUUGGAUGUGGCUUCGAGUUUGUCCGGUAGUAAGGAGGUGGCCUCCGUUACAGCGCUGGAAUUCAAGAAUGGACUUACGAUAGCGGCUGGCACAUCUACUGGACACGUGCUGCUGUACGAUAUCCGUGCCCGUAGUCCACUGGCCGUGAAGGAUCACCUUAAUCAGCUACCGAUCAAGAAGAUUCGGUUCCAGGGCGAACAAAAGAGCGUUUACUCGCUGGAUGCGGCCAUGCUUAAGAUUUGGGAUGAAACGACACUAAAGCAGAAGGCGUGCAUCGAAUCGGGCAGUAACUUUAACGAUUUCGCUCACUUCCCCGGGAGCGGUUUGUUCCUGUUUGCCCAAGAGGACACCAAGAUGUUGCCGUACUAUGUGCCGAACGAAGGACCGGCACCGCGCUGGUGCUCCUUUCUGGAUAAUCUGGUGGAGGACAUUGAGUCCGAGACGGUGCAGAAUUUGUACGAUGAUUACAAGUUCAUCACGAAGCAAGAGCUGGCUGAUCUGAACCUCGAGCACCUGGAGGGUACCAAGAUGCUGCGAGCGUACAUGCAUGGUUUCUUCAUAGACAUUCGGCUGUACAAGCAGGCCAAAUCGGUCUCGGAAACGUUUGCAUUCGAUGGGUUCCGCAAGGAGAAGAUCCGCAAACAGAUCGAAGCCACACGCCCCGCUCGCAUCCAGCUGAAGGCGACCUUGCCCGAGGUGAACCGCGAGCUGGCUAAGCAGCUAAUGGAAGAGGAACACAUGCGUAGCUCGAAACGAAGCGCCAUUGCGAAGGGAUUGUUGAGGGAUGAACGUUUCAAGGGCAUGUUCGAGAACCCAGACUUUACGAUCGAUAAGGAAGCGAACGAGUAUCGUAUCCUGAGUGCCGUGUUGCAGCGCUCGGAACGUGAUAAGGCACGGCGCAAGGAACAGGUGCAGUUGAUCACUGACGACGGCGAGGAUGGCGAUGAGGGCAGUACGGAUGAUGAUCUGUACAGUGAGAAGAGUGAAAGUGAGAAAGAGGAGGACGAAGAACCGGAAGACGAGGAAAUGGAUGAAAAACCCGCUAAAGCUGCAAGCUAUAAGAAGGCAAACACGAUCGCGAAAGCAAAUGGAUCAAGUAAUGGUACCACUGACCGCAAAGAGGCAACAGACGAUGCCGAUGGGUUCUCGUUGGACGUUGAAGAAGGUGCCAGCUUUAACAUUAUUCAACCGUCGCGUAAACUUCAAAACGUAUCCCUUGGGAAGCGUGUGACGAAGCUGGAUCACACCACAACCACCACCCAGUUCGAUAAUGGCAUCGGAAAGCGAGAGAUUACGUUCACCACCAGUGGCCGCUCACGAGGCAGCAAAGGAGAGGAUCGCGAUCGGUCACGUUACCAGGCGGCACUGAAGAAACACAAGGAAGAGCGACGCCAGGUCAUACGAUCAGCCAAGGGUGUCAUCAGAAAGCGGACGACGGUGAAAAAGUUCUAACCCGUAGAUUGUUCCGUGUG